GUUUUGAAAUUCUAAACCUUACUUCUAUUAGGUCAAUUUCCCUUCUUUUUCGCACAACAAUUUUUUGUACAUUUAACAAUGAAAGUUUAAGCUCAAGGAUGAAAUAGAGUAAUAAAUGCAGAUUUCCCCCCGCAGCAGUUAUAGGAUGCCGAUGCCGGCACCAGUCCGAUCACCCACCUGGGUAUCCAAACGAAGGCUCUUCGAACUAAAACUCUUUGAACUCCACAAAUGCACUGACGUUAAUCACUUGAAGCAAUUUCAUGCGCUCGUCUACAAAUCCAAUCUUCACCGAGACCCUUUUGUCGCGACCAAGCUCAUCGCCGCCUUCUCCGUCUGCCGCCAAAUCGCGUUGCCCGUCAAUAUAUUCUCUCAAGUGCAGGAACCCAAUAUGGAAUUGUACAACGCUCUAAUCAAAGCCCAUAUCCUCAACUCCCAACCCUCACAUCAGUCACAUGCCUUUUCCGUCUUCUUGCAGAUGCAAUAUUGUGGCGUUUUUCCGGACACUUUCACUUACUCUCAUCUCUUGAAGCUUUGCUCAGAAGAUUCUAGACUGAAUACGUUGAGAAUGAUCCAUACUCUUGUUGAGAAAACAGGGUUUAAUUCGGACAUCAUUGUCUGUAAUUCCUUGAUUGACGCGUACUCAAAGUGUGAUGUUUCUUCUGCCGGGACGGUUUUUUUGGCGAUGGACCAUAGAGAUGUCGUGUCAUGGAAUUCUAUGAUCUGCGGACUGUUGAAAGAUGGGGACUUGACUGAAGCCCAGAGAAUGUUCGACUUAAUGCCUGAGAGAGACACAGUGAGUUGGAACACAAUGUUGGACGGAUAUGUGAAGAACGGACAAAUGAAUGUGGCGUUUGAGCUGUUUGAUAAAAUUCCUACAAGAGAUGUUGUGUCUUGGUCAACCAUGAUUUUUGGAUAUUGCAAAGCGGGAGAUGUUGAGAUGGCUAGAGCAGUGUUUGAUAUAAUGCCUUCAAAGAAUGUCGUAUCAUGGACAAUCAUCAUAACUGGCUACACUGAAAAGGGGCUUGUGAAGGAAGCCAAUGAGUUGUACACUCAAUUGAAUGAAUCCGGUCUAGGUCUAGAUGCCGGAACAUUUGUCAGUAUCUUAUCGGCAUGUGCAGAAACCCGUAUGCUCGGUUUGGGUAAAAGAGUUCACCGUACCAUAAAAAAGUCUUCAUUUAAUUCUAACACUCUGGUUUGCAAUGCUCUGAUUGAUAUGUACGCCAAGUGUGGAAGCUUGAACAAGUCGUUCAUUGUGUUUAAAAGCAUGAGAAUGAAAGACUUGAGAUCGUGGAAUUCCAUGAUUCAUGGGUUUGCCAUGCAUGGACGUGGAGGAAAGGCGCUUGAGCUUUUCUCUGAGAUGAAAAACGAAGGGUUCGUCCCGGAUAAAGUCACCUUUGUUGCUGUUUUAUCAGCGUGCAGUCAUGCCGGAUUUGUAAGUAAAGGCAUUUCUAUCUUCAACUCAUUGAAGAGCGACUAUGGGGUUAUACCCGAAGUACAACAUUUCGGUUGCUUGAUUGAUCUCUUAGGGCGUGGCGGGCAUCUCAAAGAAGCUUUCACCGUUGCUCUCAACAUGCAGGUCAAACCGAACAUAAAAAUCUGGGGUUCCCUUCUUGGGGCAUGCCGAAUGCAUAAUGAUGUCCGGUUUGCACAAGACGUGCUCAAUUAUCUAGCAGACGAAGUAGGGAUGGAUGAUGAUUCCAGAAAGUUCUCUGAGGUGUCAGAUGUGAGAUUGCUAAUGGACAUUGGCAGGGAAAAGCCGUCUGGUGUGAGCACAAUCGAGUUGAUGGAUAAGUUUCACGAAUUCAAGGUGAUGGAUAGUGAUCAUCCUAAAUCAGAUAAGAUAUAUGAGAUGAUAGAUGGGUUGAGUCAACACCUUAGACUGCUAGGUACCUGCUCAUCACUAUUAGGAUGUAUUGAAUAUGGAUUGCGGUGAACUUUUUUUAAUCCGUG